AUGCCUGGACAAGUGGCGCGUGGAGAACUCGCAGCUCCGCCGCAGCACCGCCGCGCGGAGCCCGUCAAGCCGAAGGUGGUGGUGCAAGGUAGCCUCGCGGCCCCGCGGCGCCCCGCAGCGAGCAGCUCCGCCGAGCGCCGCCGACGCACACACCCCCGCCACCCCGCCCCGCCCCCCCCGCACCUGCACCGGCCCGCGCCCCCGCCCCCGCCGGCGCAGGCGAAGCGCAGGCCCGCCGCCCGGCCCCCCACCGCCCCGCCGCCGCCACCCGCCCGUCGUGUCGUCGUCCCCAUGACGGCCCCGACCGCCGCCGCCGCGGGCCGGCCCCCGCAGCGCGGCGGCCAACGCCGCUUCGUGCCGUGCCACCUGUGCGGCCGCUCCUUCGGCACCGCCUCCAUCAUCAUCCACGAGCGCCAGUGCCUGGAGAAGUGGAAGCGCGAGAACGCCGCGCUGCCCCCGGAGCUGCGCCGCCCCGAACCGGAGAAGCCCGACAUCGUGUACAAAGAAAACGGCGCGAUCGACUACGAGGGCACCAUGGAAGCCAUUUGGCAGACACACCUGGAGCAGCUGGUGCCGUGCUCGCUGUGCGGCCGCACCUUCUACCCCGACCGCCUGGCGGUGCACGCGAGAGCAUGCAAGGGCCCCAAGCGGUGAGGCAGCCCCGCCGCCGCUCCUCGUCGGGGCAACCAGGGACCAACGUUUACGCACUUUCGAUGCCUUUUUAAUGACGCUCUUUGAGUUGAUGGGGGAGAGUAAUUGACUCCUUGAAGUAAUAUUGACUGAGGUAAUGCCUGUUGCCAAAACGUAACAUGAGCAGCUGGUCUGCAAUACAGGCUUCUAUAAUUAGUUCCUUUGAAGAGAGAGAGAGAAAGAGAUGUGGAUUAACUCCAUGGUUUCACCUGGACUGUGAGAUCUAGGUAUGAAAACACAAAAUUUGAUACUGUGAUCCACUAUGACCAUCAUUACUGGUCUGCACACGCACACAGACAUCUUAUAAUGAUGAGCAAGACAAUUUGCUGAAAGUAACUGCUCCAAUGACAACAGGCUAACUAAUUUGUACUGAGAAUAGAACUAAACAUACAUUCUACACAUUUUGUUGCAGUAAAAUCUUGCCUAACUUAACAAUCAAAUCACAAUAUAAUUAGUUGAUCUUACCUUUCUGUUUAAAUAUUUUCAAAUACAAAGGUCUGAUAAUUGUAGUUCAUUCAUUAUAAUAAACUUUUGUAGUAAUUAAAUACUUGAGCUACUCUUUUAAAUAUUUUUUAAUAAGCAUAAGUGGAAUGGCACAAUUGUUCCAUCCCUUGCAGAAAAAUAUUGUAUUAUAAACUUUUGUUUCCUCUUCUUUGCAAAUAUAUUGUUCAGAAAAUUAUGUUAAACCUAUACUUCAUUUUAAUUAUUUUAAGGAAAAAUAUUUUAAUUAAGUUUAUUUAUAAUUGUUCACUUUAGUGUUUUAUCUUGUUACUGAUGUUAUUUCAUAAACAUUAAAACUGGUCAUUUACUGGUCAGUGUGGUGAAGUAACAAUUCUUAUUAUGAAAAAUUUUAUAUUUCAUAAAAUUUUGCUAUAAAAUUUAACAAUUUCUUACAAAUUAUUAGUUUAUAACCAAUAUAAAAGUGGUGAAAAAUUUGUGUCACACAAGCAAUACUAACUACUAUACAGUCCCAUUUGAGGUAUGUUGCAAUUACCACUUAUUGAGCAAAUGUUAAGGUCAAAUCCCUCUUUCUUAGAAAUGCUGAAGAAACAUUCCUUCUAACCCAAGUGUUACAUUAAAUAUGUCUGUUUUGACAUGAAUGUUAUUAACUAACAAUAAAAUUAUUACCGUUAUCAUUUGCUCAAGUUUAAUGAAUGGUGAAAUGUCUCCAGGUUUCACUCAAGUCGGAAAUUAAAUCCUAAUAGUAUUCUUUCACUCUCCAAACAAACCACAUUCAGAAUAAUCAAGAAAAUACAAA